AUGUCGUACAAAUCAUCUUAUUUUCGAUGUCUUGAACAUCGAUUAUCAAUAUUACAUGAAGAUAUGGAUGAUCAAGAAGCCGUUAAUGUUGUUAAUCAUGAAAUACCACCAGAAAAAUUAAAAUCACUUGUUCAACAAGGACAUACAACAUCAUUUAUAUUUUCAAUUAAAAAUCGAGUCGGUGGUUUGGCAAGAGCUCUUAAAGUUUUUCAGCCUCAUAGUGUGACUACAAUUAGAGCAUGUUAA